ACGCCGGUGUCAGGUUUACGGAACCGAGAGCUCCCCUGCCGGACGCGCGGUGGCCAGACGGCCACAAGGAUUCCGCUCGCCUGACCCGGCCCGGCUGGACCCUGCCUGGGCGCGCCAUGUUCGCGCGUGGGUCCCGGAGGCGCCGCUCCGGGCGUGCGCCUCCAGAGGCAGAGGACCCAGACCGCGGCCAGCCCUGCAACUCCUGCAGGGAGCAGUGCCCCGGCUUCCUGCUACACGGCUGGAGAAAGAUCUGCCAGCACUGCAAAUGCCCGCGGGAGGAGCACGCCGUGCAUGCAGUGCCUGUGGACCUGGAACGCAUCAUGUGUCGGCUAAUCUCAGACUUCCAGCGCCACUCCAUCUCCGAUGAUGACUCAGGCUGUGCCUCAGAGGAGUAUGCUUGGGUGCCCCCUGGUCUCAAGCCUGAGCAGGUAUACCAAUUUUUCAGCUGCCUCCCAGAAGACAAGGUCCCCUAUGUGAACAGUCCUGGGGAAAAAUACAGGAUCAAGCAGCUGCUGCACCAGCUGCCCCCACAUGACAGUGAGGUACAGUACUGUACGGCACUGGAAGAGGAGGAGAAGAAAGAGCUCAGAGCCUUCAGCCAGCAGCGGAAGAGGGAGAAUCUGGGGCGUGGCACCGUGCGCAUCUUCCCCGUGACCAUCACUGGGGCCAUCUGCGAGGAGUGUGGGAAGCAGAUUGGAGGUGGGGACAUUGCUGUGUUUGCCAGCCGUGCAGGCCUAGGUGCCUGCUGGCACCCACAGUGCUUUGUGUGUUCCACGUGCCGGGAGCUGCUGGUGGACCUCAUCUACUUCUACCAUGCUGGCAAGGUCUACUGUGGUCGCCACCACGCCGAACGCCUGCGCCCACGCUGCCAAGCCUGUGACGAGAUCAUCUUCUCCCCUGAGUGCACGGAAGCUGAGGGCCGGCACUGGCACAUGGGUCACUUCUGCUGCUUUGAGUGUGAAGCAUCGCUCGGGGGGCAGCGCUAUGUCAUGCGUCAGAGUCGCCCCCACUGCUGUGCCUGCUAUGAGGCCCGCCACGCGGAGUACUGUGAUGGCUGCGGGGAGCACAUUGGCCUGGACCAAGGCCAGAUGGCUUAUGAGGGCCAGCACUGGCACGCCUCAGAGCGCUGCUUCUGUUGUAGUCGCUGCGGGCGAGCUCUCCUGGGCCGCCCCUUCCUGCCACGCCGUGGCCUAAUCUUCUGCUCACGAGCCUGCAGCCUGGGGUCUGAGCCCAUGGCUCCAGCGCACAGCCGCCGCAGCUGGAGCACAAGCACGGUCUCCACACCUCUCACAGCCUCUACAGCCUCUUUUUCUGCUGUGGAGGGGGCAUCUGAGACUACCACCAAAGGCACCAACACCGAGGCAGUGCCUGCUGCAGGCCCUGAGGAGCCCACCCACUUUCUGAGAGGGGCCCCCCACCGCCACUCCAUGCCUGAGCUGGGGCUCCGCAGUGUCCCCGAAACACCCCUGGGGCCUCCCAGCCAGCCGGAUCCGCGACCAGAAGAUGGUGCCUUUGGUCGCCAGAGCGCCCCUCGUGUCAGCUUCCGCGACCCUCUGGUGUCUGAGGGAGGUCCUCGGCGGACCCUGAGUGCGCCCCCAGCCCAGCGCCGCAGACCACGCAGCCCCCCGCCCAGGGGCCCCACACGUCGUCGCCGCCACCGCCACCGCCACCAUCAUCACCACCACCAUCACCACCACCGCUGCCACUUUGGCAGACGUCGCCACCAUCAAUGUGACUUGGGAUCAGGGUCGGACUCAGGAUCUUGCUCCAGCUCACCCUCCAGUUCCAGUUCAGAGUCCUCAGAGGAGGACGGCUACUUCCUAGGGGAACGCAUCCCGCUGUCCCCGCACCUGUGCAGGCCAGUGCUUGCUCAAGACACUGUGGCUGAGACCACCAACUCCCCAUCUCCACAGCUCCCUGGGAACUCUCGCCCAGGAAUGUCUCGACAGGCCAGAGAUAAGAACUGCAUCCUGGCUUGAAGGAGUGACAGUUCUGGGGGGGGCUUCAUUCUCAAGUCAGUGUAGAUGAAGACCUACACCCCAACUUAAGUCAUUGAUCCCCUUCCUUCCUCCCUCCUUUGUCUGUUUGUAUUACUGAAGUAAUUUAAUAUUUGUUGUAAAACAGGCUUGUCUUCUUUACCUCCUUGCUCCAGCAUCCCCCCUCCCCAAUUUUCCCCCUACUGAUGCUUGAGAUUUAUCUACAUUUAAUCAAAGGAUUAAUUUAUUCACUAUCAUAUGUUCUAAUAA